AUGCCCUUGAAAAGCUUUAUCCGGCGGAGACUAUUGUCUCUUCUCCAACCAUGGCUCCAAGAAGAGCCUCACCUCAAUCUCCAAUUAGGGUUCCUCCACUCUCUCGCCGUUCUCACCAACCUCAGCUUCGACGUUUCCGCUCUCAACCUCCUCUUCGACGCUCCCGCGUUCCUGUUUUUCAAGGACCUCACCGUCGAACGCAUCACCUUUCGAUUCUCCACCUGGUUCCCCCCGGCCUUCACGUUCGAACUUCACGGCGUGCGCAUCGUGCAAUCGAGGCCGGAAGCUGAGGAAUGCGUGGCGCGGUUGCGAAAAUCGAAGUAUGAAUUUUCAGAUUAUCUGAUAAAAAAUCUCUCGGCGCUUGAUCCUGAGGGCUGUUCAUUGCAUCACAUUUUGGAGGGGAUCUUAUUUGCUGUACCAGAGAAAAAAGAUUUAACAACAUCUUUUUGGAAUCUUAUUUUGAAAAACUGUCAUCUAGUGGCACAUCACAUUCAUGUGGAGGUUCAAUUGCCAGUCUUAAAUGAUGAGUUUAUGUGUUUUGGGGAAAUAAAUGAGUUAAGUGCAACAUCUAAAUGUGAGGAUCAAAGAUGUCUUCUUAGAGAUUUUCUUAGUACAGUUUUUAGUCCAAUGAAAGAUAACACCGUUAUAUUAAAAGGUGAUGGAUUCAGGAUCAGAUUAAUUGGAAAAAAUCCCUCAGACCAUGCUUUACUUUCUUCUGAUGUGCAUAGUUUUAUUAAAUUCAGAGAUCUUAAGGUGGUAGAUUGCACUAUCUGUUUUCCAGAACUGGCUUUUUCAUUCUCUCCAGAUGGCAUUUCUGCAUGUCUACUUUUUCACAAAUUGCUAUCAAAUAAAUACAAUCAAUCUAGAAGUGCUGGAGAAUUAUGGAGAAUAGCUGCCGCCAGAAUUCGCCAUGUGACUGUAACUCCUAGGUUGUCAUGGCAUAGAUUAGUUGGAGUUAUAGGUCAAUGGAUACAUUAUGUCAAUGCUUAUGAGAAUAUCUUGCUGUUAUUUGGAUAUUCUAGUAGCCGCACAUGGAAAAAGUUCAUUUCUAAAAUGUCUUAUAACAAACUGAUUUUAAAUUCGGCUAGAUGUCAAUGGGAGUUGAUCUCUGACAUUGAGAAAAAGUUGCCUGUUGAAGGCAUAUCACUGGCAAGGAGAAUAGCUCGUUAUAGAGCAGCAUUGAAAGUUUCAGUUAAUUGUAAUGAGGAAUUUGCCACUACAAAUAAAUUUUUUCGUCCUUUUCUUUUUAUACUGGCAUGUAUGUGGAAAGUGAUCUCUAUACUUACCCAUUGUCUAGCAAAUAUAUUUUCUAGGAAAAGAAUAGUUCACGAUUCAGAUAUUGAUGGAUGUUGUUUAGAUUCUUUGGAAAGUCUUAUUGAAGAACCUUGUCAAAGUUAUAGUUUUAUGCUCAACUUUGGGAAAAUUAUAAUGACAGUCUCCAAAAUCAACAAUAUUCAUCCAUCUGCAUAUGAAAAGUUACAGUCACGUGCUGGGAUCGUAUGUUCAGAUGUCCUUUCAAUAUGUUUUUGUAUUGAUGCUUUGUUAUUAGUAUCUGUAAAAGAUAUUUUUGAACGAAGAAUCUUUCUAUCAUGUGGGCAAGUGAAGGUUGAAUCUGCACCUUUGGCAAUUUCAGCAGAUGCAUGUCCAGUAAAUCAACUUAGUUCAGCUAAAGAAAAUGAAAAGGCUGGUAUUAAUCAUAUGGAAUCAAUUAUGUGGGUUGCACCUGCUAAAAUAUUUCCCCUUUCAGAAAUUGAUGCAGGCCAGGCUGUAGAUUCUUGUGAUGCUUAUAUUGAAAGCUUUAUGGAAAAGUUGUCUGUAAGUUGGAAAGGAAUUUGCAGAAAAUUGAAUAAAAAUGAGAUUGAGUAUUCUGAAAACCCAUGCCUUCUCUCUAGGUUUGAGAUAUCUUCCAUGUGCCCAGACCAUAAGAAUCCAGAUUUUGGAUUCUGUGAAUGUGGUUUAAUGCUAGGGAAAUUAAAUUUGGUUUUGACUCAUUCUUCAGUAUCAUUGCUGUCUCUAUUUCUUAGUCAGAUCCAACAUGCUAUUUACUGGGAGGACAGCAGGGAAGUGUCCAUUGCUUCAGAUUUUACAGACAAUGCUGAAAUUCCUUGGGUUGACAAAUAUGAUUGUUAUUCUAAAGAAUUGAUUAGGAUCUUGCAUCAAAAGCUUCCUGAGAAACACAUUCAUUUUGGAGUAUUUGUUGAUGGUCCUUUUGUUAGAUUUCCACACAGAAGGGAGGCCAAUCAAGACAUUGAUGACAUUAUCAGUCGGGACAAUUUUGAUGUUACUUUUGAUUUUCAUGAGAUUAAAGUGGUUGUCAGUUCUUCUUCUUCAUUUGGUAUGGCAGAGUGUGUUAAAUUGGAGACUCGGGUGAUUGAAAUUCCAAAACCAAAUAAUGAUAGAUAUGCAUCUUCAGGGAAAAUUUCAAUACAUUCCUACCUUCUUCUAAAUGGCAUAAAUGCUUGUUUGGAGAAACCAGAAGAAAACCAUCCGAUUCAACUUUUUCUGUUGAAGCCAGUCACUGUCCAUAUAUUGGCAUUUAGGUAG